AUGGACCGAUAUGUCGCCUUGGGCAUGUGCAAACGUGGCUCUGAGUUUCGUGUCAUGGCUUCCCCUCAAAUCGAUACUAGCUCAGACAAGGAGGGGUUCACUACCAUGUCAUGUCCGUUCUCAAUGCUUCUUCAUGCAUCACGAAUCCUCGAACAGGUGCAGGCGCACAUGCACGACCCCACACCCCAGGAUGAAUUCAAUACAACAGAGGCAAUGCAAAUUGUUUCAACGUUAAGAUCUUUCAAGGCACUACUCAAGGAAAUGGGACCAAGCGAAGAUGAAAUCUACAACCCAUCAGUUGCUUUAUGUGAAAGUGCUUCAUUGAUCCUUUGGUGUCAUCUUGAGGUACACGACAAGGAACAGUGCGCCAAAUCAAGCAAGUCGACCUUUGAGGCAGCUGUCGGAGAUAUUCUAGAUCGCUCUCGUUUCCUCGAACAGAACCCAUCUAAUCUGGAUUUUGAACGUCUUCCGAUAUUUGCUCUAAGCUCGAUAUAUACAGCCGCUUCGGCCCUGACAUCCGAGCCGAAAGCUUUACAGAAUGUGAACGCCCUGGAGGCCAUAGCUACACUCAAGAAUAUGUUGACUCAUUUCAGCCAGAGAUGGCUCGCUGGGAGGCGAUAUCUCGAACGUCUAAACGAAGACCCCGCCCUCGUCUGA